UCCCUCGAAGCCAAACUCGUCGUCCUCGGCUCCCAAGGUGUCGGCAAAACCACCCUCGUCCACCGUUACGCAAAGAACACCUACAUUCCCCCUUCACGAGCCCAAUCGACCGUUGGCGCCUCCUUCCUCACCACCCGCGUCUCGGAUCCCGAAUCUGGCGCCGAUAUCCGCCUUCAAAUAUGGGACACGGCCGGCCAAGAACGUUUCCGAUCGAUUUCACGAUUAUACUACCGCGGUGCCAACGCGGCGAUUUUGUGCUAUGAUGUUACGAGCGCGAAGAGUUUUGAGGAUAUGGGAACUUGGUUGAAAGAGUUGAGGGAGAAUUGUGCGGCGGACACGGUGAUUCACGUGGUGGGUACAAAGAGCGAUGUGGUGGCUAAGGACCCGACGCUAAGGGAGGUGAGCUUUGAGAGGUGUAUAGGGUAUGUGGCGGAGAUGUUGUAUCCUUCGCUGGCGUCAACACCGGGAGUGGGAGGUGGUCCGUUCAUGAGCAGUCCGCCGACUACGGCGGGAGGAUUGGCACAUCUUUCCAGUUCGCAGAGUAAUCGCUUGUCUGGAUUUUGGGGACAGGAACAGAUUUGGGGUUGUUGCCAUGAGGUGUCGUCGAAAGACGGGGAGGGAAUUGAAGAGAUGUUUCGGGUUGUGACGCGGAAAUUGGUGGAACAGCACGCUCGACGAGCGGAGAGGCAGCGGUUGUUGGAAGAGUAUGCGAUGAGAGGGACACCUGGAAUGGACACGGGAGGACCGGGUGGCGGACAAGGUGGAUACUUUGAUUUGCAGAAUGGGACGGGAAGUUUUCGGUUGGGUCAACAUGGCGACAAGAGGAGGAGUUGGCUGGGG